UUUUCAUUUUCUCUUGUAUCUUUGGUCUUCCUUUUCAAUUUUUCCUAUGAGUAACAAAAUCUGAGAACACUACAGUACUGAGAGAUCUGUGAAGAGUUGAAGGAAAAAAGAUGAUAAGUGUAGGGAAGAUCAAACAGUACACAAAUGUCCUUGAGAAACCCCUUAGCAAAGGCAAACAAGAGGUUAGUUUGAGUGGUUUUGCUUUCUUGUUUUCGGAGCUUGUUCAGUACAAUCAGACUCAAGUGGACAACAUUACUGAAUUAGAGCGAAGGUUGGAGGAUGCUGGAUAUUCUGUUGGAGCACGGACAUUGGAACUCCUCUGCCAUAGGGAAAAGGGAAAUAGAAGGGAGACACGACUACUGGGUAUAUUAUCAUUUGUACACAGCACAGUAUGGAAGGUUUUGUUUGGGAAGGUUGCUGACUCACUUGAGAAAGGCACUGAACAUGAAGAUGAAUAUAUGAUUAGUGAGAAGGAGCUCCUUGUCAAUAGAUUCAUUUCAAUUCCAAAAGAUAUGGGUGCAUUCAACUGUGGAGCUUUUGUUGCGGGUAUUGUAAGGGGAGUUUUGGAAAAUGCGGGUUUCCCAGCGGUAGUGACAGCUCAUUUUGUCCCUGUGGAGGGGCAGCACCGACCACGGACAACAAUUUUGAUAAAAUUUGCUGAAGAGCCUGUACAGGUACUAAGAAGGGAAGCAACACUAGGUUGAUGGUUAUUUGUCAUCAUAUUUGGUGCAAAUUUUUGAACAACAUUAUGAUGAGAUGACAAAUGAAAGAUCCUUUGAUUGAUAAGGUUAUUUCCAUGUCAAUCCUAAUAUCAUACAAUUGCUAGUUGUGACAUUAUUUGCUAUGGUAUAUUUGUUUUAACACAUCCUUAGGUUCAUCUUGACAAAUUGUAUCAAACAACAAACAUUUUUCUUUUUGGUGUAUUGUAAAAUAUUGCAAUUUGGAACGUGA